UUUAUCAAUGCAGUAGGACGUAGGACACUAAUAAAAACAAUGGGGGAACUCAGCCGCAGUUGCAGAUUGGGUGAAUUGAGCCGACCAGAUGGAUCUGUCAUGUUAUCAGAAGGAGAAACUACAGUUGUUGCCGGCGUAUAUGGCCCAGUGGAAGUUAAAAUGAAAAACAUUCUUAUAGACAAAGCCUCAGUUGAAUGCCAUUUUCGACCCAAAUCGGGUUUACCAGGUGUGCAAGACAAAUCUUUUGAGUCGAUCAUAAGGAAUAUUUGUGAAACGGCAUUGGUGGCCUCUUUGUAUCCUCGGUCUGCUGUGUUGGUAGCGAUACAGGAGAUGCAAAACAGCGGCCAGUUAGUAUCCUGCGCUGUAAACGCAGCUUGCUUAGCCUGUCUCGACUCAGGAAUAGACAUGAAGUGCAUGUUCGCAGCGGUCACUUGUUUUUUGACUAAUUCGGAAGAACUCACCCUUGUUCCCCCACUUAAUCAGAAAGACUUGAAGGCAUCAUUCGUUACCGUGUUCGACAAUACUAAGGGGACUAUACUCGAUUCUCAGAUAAUGGGAGCCUUUUCCGAACAACAGGUUGAAGAAGCCAUUAAUUUGUGCAGAGAAGAAAGUAAACAUAUUUUCGAUUUCUAUAAAAGGACGCUUUUGGCAGGAGGAAAAUUGAAGUGACUUUCAAUAUUA